AUGUCGGCGGCUGUGUCCAAUGCACCGGCUUCGGCCGCUUCAGCAGCUUCAACAACAAUGGCAACAGACGACGUCGAGGCACCUGCUCUCGACCCAACACGCGACCAACUGCGGCCAGGAGGGCACCCGACAACGUCGGGAGAUGCUGCAGCGGUAGAGCUGGCGACCGGCCUGGAUGCUGGCGACGCUGCUGGCCCUGCUGGCGGCGCGCAGCUUUAUACCACUCCGCGAGCGCUGGAAGGAUCCAGUCUUCCUUUUCUGGCUGGAUUGGCGGGGAUUAUAUCCACGAUCUUCAUCCUCGGCGACCUCUUGAACAAGCGCAUGCUCCAUCCUGCCAGCAUCGUGGUGUUUCUGCUGUCGGUGAGCUACUGCGUGGCGAUGCUGAGGCGACAGUGGGCAAGCACCGGCGGAGGCACGCGGGAGGGGCGCAACAACAGCUUCACCAAGGAGGCGCGAAAGGAGUUGAUCACGUACUUCGUGUUCGGUGCAGGCCCGGAAGGACUGCCAACGGAGGCGGGAGCGGGGGCGGGGGCGGGAAAGAAGGGAAACCGCCCAAAGCAACAAGAGCGGGGCAACGGUGCAUCGGGUGAUGAGCUUCAGGUUAGCAGGACCAGCAGCAGGAGGUGGCGUAGGGAACGCCAGCGCAGCAGCGGUGGUGACGACGACGACAUUGUAGGAGGUGCCGGCGUCAGCGACGGCGGUGCAGCGCGGAACGGUCGCAUCGACGCCAACAACGCGGAUACCGGCGGCUCGCUUUCCGCGAACACGCCGAUGCCUUCCACGGGGCCUUGUUCUCCGGCACCAUUAGAAGAAGAAGUUCUUGAUGGCGAUGCUGCUACUGCUGCUACCGCCGAGGACGCUGCUGUGACUGCCUCCCCCGGACAUGCAACAGCUGCUGUCACCGCCGCAGCUACUCCGACUGGUCCUGAGCUACCGAGAGCAACCGGUGAAGAUGCAGCAGAAGAACAAGCGUCAGCAGCGGCGAAGGCCGCUGCAGAGGACGACCCGACCAGGGCACAAUCCGACUCGGGAGAGUGGUCGACGGGUCAAGCGUGCAUCGUGUGCUUCGGCGACUACGAGCCCGGAGACCGGUUGGCCCUCCUGCCGUGCCGGCACGUGUACCACGCACAGUGCAUCGACGAGUGGUUGGACAGGGCGAAAAUCCCUAGCUGUCCGUUGUGCAAGACGGACCUUCGCCAUGCCACGCCCCCCGAUGAUCGCUCUAGGAGCAUCUCUACUGCUGGUGGGGGCGGUACGAGUGUCAAUGCUGCCAGAGUUGGAGGAGGCAGCGGCGGCGGCGGCGGGGGGGAGAGGGUCGAGUUUACGGGUGACAACGCCGUGUAAAAAGAAAAUCGGUGGUGUUUUUCUUGUGUCUGUUCGAUUUCGGUGCGAUGAAAGGUCAUGUGUGUGUGUGUUCGUGCUUGACCAGCGUGAAAUGGCGGUGCGAAACGGUUUGAGUACGCAUCCUUGCUUCGCAGGUGAAGUUGAAGUGCGUGAAAUCUACUUAUCCGUAUGUGGCAGCAUUGGGAGUCUGCAGUGCAACACAGAAUAGAUAGAACAUAGACGACGCAUUUAUCCACGAGGUCUUUGCAUCCGCCCACAACAGCUCGAAUGGAAGCAGGGCUGCGAGUUUUGUCGAGAUGUCGACUGUAGAGCUUACGUACGAUAUUGGCAAGGUUGGCACGGGGCCGGGGGAGGAAAGACGCACGCCAAUGGAUUGAUUGGAAACCCUGACCGGCUUUCCACUAGGGAAUUGGGAUAAAACGCCUACGCGCGCAGGGGGGGGGGGGUUUCAACCCUGGGAAAAAGUAGGCCCUGAACCUCUCGGUGGUGUUGAACUAUGAUGUUUGGAGAGGGGGGAGAAGAGGAGCAAGACGGCAAUAACAAUCUUUGUUUCGGUAAACCGCAUCCGGCCGGUUGUUGCGCUCGCAUGGCAGUGACCACACACGGCGGGUGCGGCAUUGAUUCUAGGUUUGAUAUGCCUACAAGUUGGAUGUCUUUGUUUACGGUACAGCAGUUUAUCUGUGUGUGUGAGUUUUGGGGGACAGGGACGGGGGGAGGAGCUGGUCGUGGAGCACGGGUGGGGUACAUUGAGGAGCGCACCAUGGUGGAAAGGAGGGAGUCCUGGAGAUUUACCACCAAAACCCAAUCAGUCGCGUGGAGACGCAAGGUGCAGUUGUGAGCUCCCCGGGACUUGCCGUUGUGGUAUCUUUUUUUGUGGGGGAGGGGAAGGGGCGGGGGGCGAAGAUGCACCCCCGUGGGUGUUGCUUUAGUCCAGGGUGGAAGAGGACGAGCGGAUGGGAUGCGUUCAUUCGCGGCGCCAGUCGGUCGGUCGAAACGAGAAACAACCACCGAUGGAAUAUCGCAGCGCGAUUGGCGCAACGGUACAAAACGCCAUUGCGUAGGGCUGAACGUUUCUUUCUACCCGGUUCGUUGCAGCGGCUAUUUUGUCGCUCUCAGUGUUUAAAAAAAUGUCGUUGGUGAUGUGGCCGGGACUAUUCACUCAAAGAGCGCAGGCAGCAAGGCAAGGGACUGCAAGCUGGAUUUACGUUAAUGGUGACAUGGAUACCCCGUACACAUUGAACCGAACGGGGAGGUCAAGAGGAGCCACCGACCAUGCUAGACACUUGUAUGCAUAGAUUGUUUUGUGUUUGCAUUUUUUUGUUUUCUCGUGACCUAGUCAUGGUCCGGUUGUACAAGAGGUGGGUUGGAAGAGAGAUAGCGCUUUUAUUUGAUUGUUUUGAUUAUAGCGUUUUUCAAGGUUAAGAACAUGUAACGUCCUUUGUUUUCUUGUUUCCUUUGUCGUUGUUAGUCUUGGUGUCUUGAUGGCCCUCCGCAAGGCUGCGUUGAGCUCUCAUCACCCUGCGCGAGCACUCAAUAGACAACCUAAACGCUGAUUGUGGUUUGUGCGCUCACCCAACGGGGAAGGAUUGUUUGUGGGGGAUAAGUUUGAGUCGACGAUAUUCUUUGAGUCUUUGGUAUAGAGGAACGCGUAGAAGCGCGAUCACCCGGAUUGAUUGUCGUUUGAGGCCUUCACAUGCAGAACGUAGAUAGGUGCUAAUACGUGUUGUGCGCUGCUUGUGCUGUUGCGGCUGUCCGUCUGAUUUGUGGUUUCCUGUUGUAAAAUUCAGUUCAUCUUGCACUGGCGGCCUGGGAGAGAGAGGAGAAAACGCUGAAUGGAGUGAGUGCUGAUUAUGUUUCGACGUGUGAAUCGGUUGUGUUCUGUGUCUUGUGUUGUUGUGUGCGUACACCAAACACAACGAGACGAUGAGUGAUUCGUGUUUGGCACCACGGGCGGGUACAGGUGGGGUUUUGGGGUCUAUCAAUAGUGCUGUUCGGACGGUGUGGUUGCAGUUGUUCUCACUUGGCUGCAGCGCAGGCAUGAAACAUCGUAGGAACAUCGGCGUAGGCAUAGUAUCAGGUGUACUCGUGCGGUAGUGAUACAUACGCAUAGCAACAACGUUUUUUUUGUAAGGAAACGGUGGCAGUCUUCGUCAAAUCUGUCGUUGGUAUCUGUGUACUGCGGAAUCAUCAUGAUUUUCGGUCGAUAUUGGUGUCUACAUUUGGCAUGAAGGAGAAUGAAUCUAAUAUUGAUACUG